GACAGUAACGAAGUGCGCACCGUUCAGUUCUGACGUGUUUUAUCAGUAAUUCAAUAUAUUCUCCGUGACAAUUGGCUCCUUUGAAACUGCUCGUAGUUGCGGGUUAUUUUCUAAGAUAAAUGCCGUGUAUGCAUAUCUAAACAAAAUGGAUAAAGUAUCCGACGAUGUGAAACAACAAGUAGAUCAAUUAAAGGAAUGGGCGAACCGGCAACCGAAUUUGCCCAAGGAUAUAGAAGACGCAAUUCUUUUACAAUUCCUACACAGCUGUUACUACGACUUGGACAAGUCGAAGGUCACGUUGGAGUUGUUCUGCAGCAUACGUUCGUCGUCACCUGAAUUGUUCACCAACAGAGAUCCUUCGUCGCCGCCAAUGAAGAAGGCUUUGCAAAUUCUAAACCUCGCCCACUACGAAAUACCGGGAAGAAGAUUCGUGUGGAUAUGGCAAUUAAAUGACCCGUCUUUGGAAAAUUACGACUACGUACAAGAUGCCAAGGUUUUCAUGUUAACUACGGAUUCUUGGUUGCUGAGCGAUAAGAAGCUUGAGGAAGACGAUAUGGUUAUAAUGGACGUUAAAGAUAUUUCAUUGAAAUUUAUCACGAAAUUCAACGUGUCCGUUGCAAAGAAACUAUCGAAAUAUCAGGAGGACGCAAUGCCGAUACGCCUGAAGCAGAUUCACAUUGUGAACGCCCCUCCGUUUGUAGACAAAUUGUACGCGUUGUUGAAGCCUUUCAUGAAGCAAGAAAUUACGAAUAUGAUACAUUUCCACACGCCGAAUUCACAAACCCUUUACGAUUACGUGAAGAAAGAAGAUCUGCCGUCCGACUAUGGUGGUACGAGGAAAAGCAUGGUGGAAUUCAACAAAGAUGCUAUGGAACUGUUGGAGAGUAGAAGGGAAAUUCUCAGUGAUGAUAAUCUGUGGAGAGUCGAGAAGAAAUCGAAGAACAAAAAUGAAUUUUCAUCUGAUGUCGGAUCGUUCCGAACUCUUGCCAUAGAUUAAGUUUUGCAUAAGACUGAUUUGUCGAGAUCCUUAAAGAUUAAAAUUACAAUGGUUUCUAUAAUUAAAUCUCAAUGGUAGGAUAACUUCGAGAAGCUCGAAAGCACAAGACAAUAAUUCGAGAAAGUUUCUCGAACAUUCUGAAAUAAAAUUAUUUAUGUCAAUAUUUACAACUACAUCUACAAAACAAAAUAAGUCGCAUUAUUUUAAAGUUUGUUUCCAAUAUCAUAACACUUAAUAUUUUCUUCGGUUUUCGUGAGUCGUAGACAUAAUCAAAAUUACUUUUAAAGUUUAAUUUCGCGUUUUUUCUUGUCAAUAAAUUAUACGCUACUAUAACCUUACUCAUCCGUAACUACGAAACUAGUAUGAAAACUGUAAAGUAUUUGACGCAUCCGAAAUAAAAUAAUGACAAUAAAAACAACGUUAGAUUAAAUCGUGAAAGCAGUUCUAAUUCUAUCAUAAAAACAUUCGUAUUCACGUCCGAUUUUGUAUUAUGCUACCAACUUAAUAACACUGAGGCGCCAACGCGAGAAGCAAGCCUGCCAUAAUUGAAAUACCCGGCUAUUGACCUCAAGCAUAACGCAUGACCAUUUCGCCGCAGUGAUAG